AGGUGAGGAGGUAGACCAUGCUCAUUUAAAGCUUCCCAACUACUUCAUCUCAACAUCUUAUUUGACACCAUACUCAAUAAAUAAACUUUCCCAUCAAAACAAGAUUAAUCAUACAGAAAGUGUUCUUCUAUCAAUACAAAAAGCAUUAUUUUCUUUCUGUAAUAUCAAAUCAUGACUAUGAUUAUCAUCACUGUAGUUACCAUCUUGUUUCUUUCUUCUCCAAUCUCUAAUGCCAAAACCAAUACAAACCCAUCUCCCUUUAAGAAAAUCUACGCAUUUGGUGACUCUUUUACUGACACUGGAAAUACUGUGUCAGUUACAGGACCAAGUGGCUUUGGCCACGUUUCUAGUCUUCCAUAUGGGAUCACUUUCUUUCACCACCCAACAAAUCGGUACUCAGAUGGACGGUUGAUGAUUGAUUUCGUGGCACAAUCACUGUCGUUACCUUACUUGCCUCCUUAUAUAAGUGUUAAGGGAAAUUCACCUAAUGGGGUGAAUUUUGCUGUUGCUGGUUCCACUGCUAUAGACCACGAGUUCUUUGUUAAGAACAAUCUUACUCUUAAUAUCACUCCUCAAUCUAUUCAGACUCAACUUCUAUGGUUCAAUAAGUAUUUGGAGGAAAGUUUUGGGUGUAAAGUUUUGGAUGAGAAUUGUAGAGCUGCUGACCUUGAUAAUGCUUUGUUUUGGGUUGGUGAGAUUGGUGUGAAUGACUAUGCUUACACUCUUGGGUCCACUAUUUCCCAAGACACUAUUCGAACAUUGGGCAUCAAUAGCUAUUCUCGGUUUCUAACGGCAUUAUUGAAAAAAGGUGCAAAGUAUGUUGUGGUUCAAGGCAUGCCAAUGUCAGGAUGCUUGCCUUUGGCCAUGACAUUAGCUUCCCCAGAUGACAGGGACAACAUAGGUUGUGUUAAGAGUGUGAACAACCAAAGUUACACUCACAAUCUUUCUAUCUUAAACCUGGUAAAAUCUCUUAGAAGACAGUUUCCCCAAGCUGUUAUAUCAUAUGCCGAUUAUUGGACUGCCUAUGAAACCGUCAUGCAAAGUCCGGCUAAGUUUGGUAUCAAGGAGACAUUUAAAGCCUGUUGCGGCGCAGGUGAACCCUAUAAUUUUGAUGUGUUUUCUGUUUGCGGGAUGCCUUCUAUCAGUGCCUGUUCAACACCAUCUCAGUAUGUGAAUUGGGAUGGAGUUCAUCUUACUGAAGGAAUGUAUAAAGUACUAGCUGAUAUGUUUCUUAAAGGAUCAUUUACUCAUCCUAGUUUUAGUUAUUUGUUAGAUACAAAAUUACGACAAGGAUGAAAUUGUGGCAAUUAUAUUCUAUUAGGCUUCGAAAGGACAAUACAAGAAAAAAAAUAAUAUCUUCUAUUCAUAUUC